CCAUUCGUCACAGAUCUUGAUGGCAACAAGAAACUUUCCAUUAGAUUUGAUGUCAGCCAAUUUAAACCGGAAGAGAUCUCUGUGAGGACCAUGGACAAUAAACUGAUGAUCCAAGCCAAACAUACAGAAGAAUCCCCUGGUCGCAAGGUUUACCGUGAAUUCAGCAAACAAUACAUUCUUCCUAACAAAAUCGACCCCGUUAAGUUAGAAUCAAUCCUAUCUCAAGAUGGUGUUCUCAGUAUUCAAGCUCCAGCUCCU